AUGUCUGAGCCCAGCCUCCCUGCCAAGCUCACCGCCGAAUUCCUGGGCACCUUCCUCCUGGUCUUCACGGUGGGCUGCAAUGUCCUGGGCGGCUCGGCUACCUGGGCAGGUGUGUCCAUCGCCUUCGUGCUGAUGGUGGCCAUCUACGCCCUCGGCGGCAUUUCAGGAGCUAACUUCAACCCAGCCGUGUCCGUGACGCUGGGAAUCUCCAAGGCUAUGGGAGGUCCAGGCCUUGACUGGAAGACUGUGGGCCAGUACGCGGGCGUGCAGUCUGCAGCUGGAAUUACUGCUGGCAUUUGCUACACUUUGCUGUUCGGCAAGAGCUUCAACCUCGCCCCUGCCAAGGGCUUCUCCUGGUAUCAUGCCGGGCUUUGCGAGCUACUUUACACCUUCAUGCUGACAUUUGUAGUCAUGAAUGUUGCGGCUGCCAAGAAGAAUGUCACUGAGAAGAACCAGUACUAUGGCAUGGCCAUUGCCUUCACCGUGCUGGCCGGCGCCUAUGGCGCGGGCGCGGUCUCAGGUGGCUGCUUCAACCCGGCGGUGGCCCUGGGCAUUGAUGUCUCCAGCGCCGGUGUGGGGUUUGGAUGGUGUGGGCCUUACAUCAUCUUUGAGCUCCUGGGCUCCGCCAUGGCUGCAGCCCUCUUCAAGGUGGUUCGCCCUGAGGACUUCGGAGGUGAAACGUCGCAGCUGACUGAGCUCGCAAGCGAGUUCCUGGGAACCUACAUGCUGGUGCUCACCGUGGGCUUGAACGUACUGGGCAGCUCUAAGGCGGCCGCCUUCUCCAUCGCUGCCAGCCUCACCUCCAUGAUCUAUGCUCUGGGCGAUGUCUCCGGUGCCCACUUCAAUCCUGCUGUUACCAUGGCCAUCUUUGCCUCGGGCCGUUGCCCGGAGCUGACGCCCGCUAAAGCUGGCACCUACGCGGGCGUGCAGGUGGCUGGUGGUAUCGCGGCAGCCUUCACCUACGCCUUCAUCUACCAGGGCAAGACCUUCGGCCUGGGGCCCGUGGGAAACAGCACUUGGGCGGCUGUGUCCGUGGCGGAGGUCGUCUUCACCUUUGUCCUGGCCUAUGUGGUGCUGGCAGUGGCGGUGUCUGAGACCACCAAGGCCUCGCACCUCUUCGGCCUGGUGAUUGGCUCCUGCGUGACUGUGGGCGGCUUUGCCAUCGGUGGCAUCUCUGGUGGCUCCCUGAAUCCUGCCGUGUCGUUUGGUAUUGCCGCGGCCAACGUCCUCAACGGCGGCCUCUUCUUCAAGGCUCUCAUCUACACCAUCCUGGAGCUUGUUGGUGGAGUCGCUGCUGCUGGCAUCUUCAAGUUCACGCAUGAGGUGGACCAGGAUGCCGCGGAAGCAAAAAAGGUCGAAGCCUAA